AAGACUCAUUUUAAGGAAAAGGCCAGGGUUGAAUACUGACUUCAAAUAAAAGUGCCUACUUUUUCUUGGAGGCUAAAAGAAAAGUUGACUUCAUUUACCCAAAAAGGAAUUAUUUUUUUAUUCAGAAAAUCAGCAUAGUUUCCUUCAUUCUUUUACAGUAUACAAUAUCAGGCUUCAAAGAAAUGGUUUUCUCCAAUGGAAAUAAUUCCAUAGGCAGAUAUUCGUUUACUUCUGUUCAUCUAUGGCUGGAAAGACAAGUCUGGCUCCCUUAUUCGGACUCCCUCGAGCCAUUAAAAAAACUCUUAUCAGCUCUAGCUAGCUAGCUAUCAUCUGUAUGUAUAUUACCUAUCUCGGUCACCUAUCUAAAAAUCUAUCACCUGUUUUUCUAUUAUCUCCUCUUCUGUGCUUGAUUAUUUAAUUAGUACCCUGAAAAUGAAAUAAAAUAAAAUAAGAUCAUAGAAAGUGUGUUUCUUUCACCAUAUAACUGAAUAGGAAAAAUAAUUCUUCUCUUGAGUAUUUACUAGUCUCUGAGCCUAUAUGUGCCAUAGGGCAAAAUGACUGACAGUUUUAAUUGACUCGGUUAUUUAAUUAAAUGAAAUGACUGGCUUGGUACUAAUUAUUGUUCUGUAGUAUCAGAGAGGGUCAAUUUUCCCACUGAUUGAAAUGCAUAGUUCAUCUUUUAGAGCAAAAGGGCAGAGAGAGAAUAGUCAUUCAGAGGUAGAGAUCAGAAUCUUGGGUGGGGAGAAUAAGAAAGGAAGUUUGAAAAAACAUUUUAAAAAACUUAUCUUUGUUUUGCUUUGUUUUUAGACAUGAAGUUAAAUUUAUUUUGAAAUUUAAAAUAACAUUAAAAAAGAGCAUGUGACUUCUCUUUUUGUUAAAAGAGGGAAAGGAAAAAAGCAUGAAAUAGGGAUGGAAAAAAUAUGAUGCCUAGUAAAGAAGAUCUAGUAUUCUUAUAACCACUAAAGGUGUAAUCAGGCUCAGCCUGUCCUGUGUAUAUUAUGAUGGCAAAGAUCAUCAUUACUGCCAUUGUGUCCAUUUUCUUCCCCAUGUCUAUUUCAUGAGAGACACCCACAUUGCCUCUAAUACUUUGCUCUAGGGCCUGAACCACAUGUGGGCCAGAGCUGAGAUGAAAAUGUAGGACUUUUGAGUAUCCAUUUCAGUUAUUAUUGUUGCUAUGGCUUUUCCUUAGUUCUCAAAUGUGUGUGUGUAUGUGUACAUUUUUCAUUAUUUAUCAAUAAAAGUACAGUUUGAAUUAGUAAUAGAAUCAAUGCAGAGCUUAGCUCUUUUAGUAUAUGUUAUUUCCAAGCUAAGUUAUUGGUUUGGUUAAAUUUUUGCAAAUACUGAAAACUCAAAUGUUCAAAUGGUAAAUCACAGAGAACACGGUAAUCGUACAAAUUGUUUAAACUCUUAUGUAAAAUUUGAUAAGGUGUUUUACAUAACUAAUGAAUUGACAAGGUCUUGUGGAGAAAACAGUUCCAGAUCGCAAACAUACGCAACGGAUUUAGUCAAACAAUUUUUUUGGCAAGAAUACUAUUACUUUUGCAAUCAGUUGUGAGCCAAUGAAAUACAAAGAUGAGUCUAGUUAAUAAUCUACAAUUAUUGGCUAAAGAAGUAUAUUAGCGCUGAUCUCCCUCUAUUCAUCCUACCUUUUCUCUUCUAUCAACCCCACAAGGCUUUGGCACAAUGAAGUGGGUGACUUUUAUUUCCCUUAUCUUUCUCUUCAGCUCUGCUUAUUCCAGGGGUGUGUUUCGUCGAGAUACACACAAGAGUGAGAUUGCUCAUCGGUUUAAUGAUUUGGGAGAAGAAAAUUUCAAAGGCCUGGUGCUGAUUGCCUUUUCUCAGUAUCUUCAGCAGAGCCCGUUUGAUGAGCAUGUAAAAUUAGUGAAUGAAAUAACUGACUUUGCAAAAACAUGCGUUGCUGAUGAGUCAGCUGCAAAUUGUGACAAGUCACUUCACACUCUCUUUGGAGAUAAACUGUGUGCAGUUGCAUCCCUUCGUGAAACCUAUGGUGAAAUGGCCGACUGCUGUGGGAAACAAGAGCCUGAGAGAAAUGAAUGCCUCCUGAAACACAAAGAUGAUAAUCCAGACCUCCCUAAAUUGAAACCAGACCCUGAGACUUUGUGUACCGAGUUUAAGGAAAACGAACAGAAGUUUUGGGGAAAAUACCUAUAUGAAAUUGCCAGAAGACACCCCUACUUUUAUGCCCCAGAACUCCUUUACUUUGCUCAUCAAUAUAAAGGAGUUUUUGCAGAAUGCUGCCAAGCUGCUGAUAAAGGUGCCUGCCUGAUACCAAAGAUUGAAACUGUGAGAGAAGAAGUACUGGCUUCGUCUGCCAGACAGAGACUCAAGUGUACCAGUAUCCAAAAAUUCGGAGAAAGAGCUCUAAAAGCAUGGUCAGUAGCUCGCCUGAGCCAAAAAUUUCCCAAGGCUGAUUUUGCAGAGGUUUCCAAGAUAGUGACAGAUCUUACGAAAGUCCACAAGGAAUGCUGCCAUGGUGACCUGCUUGAAUGUGCAGAUGACAGGGCGGAUCUUGCCAAGUAUAUAUGUGAAAAUCAAGCUACAAUCUCCAGUAAACUGCAGAAGUGCUGUGAUAAGCCUCUGUUGGAAAAAUCCCACUGCAUUUCAGAGGUGGAAAAAGAUGAGUUGCCUGAAAACCUGUCCCCAUUAGCUGCUGAUUUUGCUGAAGAUAAGGAAGUUUGCAAAAACUAUAAUGAAGCAAAAGAUGUCUUCCUGGGCACGUUUUUGUAUGAGUAUGCGAGAAAGCAUCCUGAGUACUCUGUCUCAUUGCUGCUGAGAAUUGCCAAGGGAUAUGAAGCCUCACUGGAGGAUUGCUGCGCCAAAGAUGAUCCUCCUGCAUGCUAUGCCACAGUGUUUGAGAAACUUCAGCCUCUUGUGGAGGAGCCUAAGAAUUUAAUUAAACAAAACUGUGAACUUUUUGAAAAACUUGGAGAGUAUCAAUUCCAAAAUGCGCUCAUAGUUCGUUACACCAAGAAAGUACCCCAAGUGUCAACUCCAACUCUCGUGGAGGUCUCAAGAAACCUAGGAAGAGUGGGCUCUAAGUGUUGUAAGAAUCCUGAAUCAGAAAGAAUGUCCUGUGCUGAAGACUAUCUGUCCUUGGUCCUGAACCGGUUGUGCGUGUUGCACGAGAAGACACCGGUUAGCGAAAGAGUUACCAAAUGCUGCACGGAGUCCUUGGUGAACAGACGGCCAUGCUUUUCUGCUCUGACAGUUGAUGAAACAUAUGCACCCAAAGCCUUUGAUGAGAAAACAUUCACCUUCCAUGCAGAUUUAUGCACACUUCCCGAGAAUGAGAAACAAAUCAAGAAACAAAUUGCACUCGUUGAGCUGGUAAAACACAAACCCAAGGUAACAGAGGAACAACUGAAAACUGUUAUGGGGGAUUUUGCAGCUUUUGUAGACAAGUGCUGUGCAGCCGAUGACAAAGAGGCCUGCUUUGCUCUGGAGGGUCCAAAACUUGUUGUUAAAACUCGAGAAGCCAUAGCCUAAAAAGAACACAACCACAAGCAUCUCAGCCUACCCUGAGAGUAAGAGGAAAAAAAGAGAAAUGAAAACUCAGAGCUUAUUCAUCUGUUUUUCUUUUCUGUUGGUGUUAACCAACACCCUGUCUUAAGAACACAAAUUUCUUUAAAUAUUUUGCCUCUUUUCUCUGUGCUACAAUUAAUAAAAAAAUGAAAAGAAUCUAA